GGGAGGAUAACAGAAAACGCUGCCAGAGCAAUCACAUAUAAGGGAGAGAGAAAGGGAUUCUCUUCCAUAUCUGCCACGCGUCUAGUUGGAGAAAGAGGGAGACAUGGAAGGUACAAUGAAGAUAUACCUUGUGAUUGUAGCCUGGUGCUGCUCCACCGUGCUCUCCUGUCCAGAUCACUGCACCUGCAAUUCAUCUGCUAAUGGCACCGCCGUGAUCUGCAGCUCAGUGUCCCUCGAAGCCUUCCCUUCGGGCCUCCCCAGUAACACUGUCUCGCUCUCUAUUGAGUUCACUAACCUGAGCACCAUCUCCCCAGAGCUUCUGAAGGGGGUGCCCAGCCUCGAAGCACUCCACCUGUCCGGAAACAAGAUUAGCGCUCUACCCUCAGGCUUCCUCAAAGACCUCCCUCUGCUCCAUACUCUCGACCUCACUGGCAACCUCCUGCAGGACCUGCCUUCGGAAGUCUUCUGCGGCUCAUCACUGCAGAACCUGGUCCUCAAAGGCAACCAGCUCAUGGCCGUCAACCCCUCCUGGUUCCAGUGUCUGAGCAACUUGACCUGGCUGGACCUGUCCGACAACAGGCUGGGCUCUGUCCCUCUGACUGCUCUCCAGCACCUACCCCGUCUGAAGAUCCUCGACCUCAGUGACAACAAACUAGAAAAGCUUCCACAAGGUGCUUUGAAUGACCUGCCAGAGCUGGAGAGAUUGCACUUAUCUGGCAAUAAGCUCAGCGUCUUGGCUCCCAAAACCUUUGACCAGGCAACCAAUCUCACCCACCUCUUCCUCCAGGAGAACUUGUUGAAGAAGCUGCCUUAUGGUCUCUUCCUGAAGCUGCAGCGCUUGGAAGUUUUGGAUCUCAGUAGCAAUGGUCUGACCACAAUCCCCCUGGGGCUGUUUGACAAGCUAGAAGGGCUCAGGGGACUCUCGAUUCAAGGUCUGGAUGUCGCCAGCAACCCCUUUGAGUGUGACUGCAAGAUCCUCUACCUGUGGCAGUGGCUGAACAGCAACAAAGAAAAAGUGUUCUUCUUGAAGGAUAUCCAGUGUGCCAUGCCUGAGGGUCUCAAAGGGAGAAUGAUCGCAUCCCUAACAGAGAAAGAGGUAGAGGGGGCCUGCUGAGGUUUUACUUCAGUUUCCCCCAGCACAGAAUCAAUCUUAAUUUAGUUACUACAUUUUCUUCUUUCCCUGUAUUGAAGUGAACCAGUCCUAUAUAUGUUAUGCCAAUACUGGUUUCAAUCUGCACAAACUAAACAAUGUUUGUGCACUCUUGUGCAUUUUAGUUUAAAUUAUUUUAUGAAGUCUGUUAUUCAUCUAGCUGUACUCAGAAUGUUUAGAUGCUUUUCAACUUGUGACAAUUCACCCGUGCUAUAAAAAUGAUCUACUAACCUAUAAAACAACCUUACUUGUUUUAAAUAAACAUAUAGAUAUUUUUGUAUUGUGUAUCAUAUAAAUGAAGUUGAAUUGAA